GCGGCCCACACGGGCCCCCAAAGGGCCCGAAGAGGGACCCAAGAUGGGGAACUCGAGUUCCGUGGCCAGUUUGGAUCAAGCGUGGCUGUUUGAGCUUGAGCAUCCAGAAUCUUCGGCUCGCAAGGGAUGGUUGCCAACACCUGCGAGGCGGAUCGCGUCGGGAUCUGGGCAGUGGCGAACGCAAGUCCAACAGAAGUAACCCUUUUCCUCUCGAACCUGACGGCGGAGUGCACCAGGAGCCAGUUGACGAAGUGGAUGGAUUCCCAUGGUUGCAUGGAGGGGUGCGACUACCUGUUCGUCCCAAGGAACUUUCAGACUGGUGCAAGUCUCGGGUAUGGGUUCGCCAAUUUCGUCGAUCCCGCGAGCGCCGAUCGGCUCGUGAAGUCGGCCCACGGCACCGCCAUGAGGGUGGCGAUCUCAACGGACCAGGGCCUGGUGGCCAACGUCGUCAAGUGGGCCAGCGGCCGGGUCAACCACGUCCGCGACCCCGAGAAUCUGCCUUUUGUCCGUGCUCUCGAUGCAGUGGGCGUGAAGCGACCGGUGAUGGCCGCUUUCCAGGACCACGGCCCGGCGGUCGAGGAGGUGCCCGCGCCGUGCUUCCCGCCCAAGCGGGCGGCGGCAGGCGGUGCCCGCGGCCGCGGCAGCGGAACGACCCCUGCCGCAGCGGGUGGCCGCCGCGGUCGCGGCGAUCCCAAGCCGCUGGCUACUUUUAACAUCGCAAUGGGCUAUCCCCUCCACAAGGGUGCUGUCCUACACAGCUUCUCCGUGUGACCUUCGGGGGCGGGGAGGAGUCGGGCGGGGGCGCACCUCCUCCAGGGCGCCGGCCCUGCAGCACCUGUCUCCUGCAGCGGCUGUGUCAUGCGGUGUUUCUAUCAUGUAGCUCUUCUGCGGGAGGGUGGCGGGGGCGAGGUGGCAAGGGGAAACAACACAUCCCUACACAACCCCAUCCUCCGCACUCCUCCGCUUCCGGCUUGCAGCCAUGAAGAUCUUCACGCGAGCCAAUGUAAAGUUCGGAAGAUCUUGAGAGGCACGGCCUCACGCUGCUAGCUCAAACGGGCACAUGCCAUUCCGGGCCUUGCGGGGAGGCCAGUCGCGCAGAAUUCCGCGAGGCGGUACUGUAGCCUCGCAUUGCACAUGAUCUUGUUCCCCUGCCGCGAGCCUUGGCCAUUGUUGCUGGCUGCUGCUGGCCGGGGGGCUCAAUCCAGUUGGUGGCUCUUGCCCGGCGGCUGUGCCAUGCGGUACUUCUAUCAUGUAGCUCUUCUGCGGGAGGGUGGCGGGGGCGAGGUGCUUGUGGGACCCCCUCAGCAUUCAGUUUCCGGCUUGCAACCAUGAAGAUCUUCACGCGAGCCAAUGUAAAGUUCGGAAGAUUUUAAGAGGCACGACCUCACGCUGCUAGCUCAAACGGGCACAUGCAUGUGCUUCCUUGUAUGAGCUUGUAUCUGCGCCGUGCUCGCUUAAUUAUUCAUGCAAUCCUCUCCGGCAGAUACCCCCAGAGGUCCGCAGAACCUCUCAGAGGGCCCACGGAGCCCCAGAAUGCAGGUUUUAUCAAUCCUAGCGGCCCUGGCACGACGUGAACACGUGCUGCCGUUCGUGGGGCGGGACGCCCUGCUGUACUGCUUCGAGCCAGCCGCAGCGCUGGUGGCCUGCGUGACUCCGUGGCCCCAGUCCGGUCCUUUCGGGGAGGCCAGUCGCGCAGAUCUCCGCGAGGCGGUACUGUAGCCUCGCAUUGCACAUGAUCUUGUUCCCCUGCCGCGAGCCUUAGCCAUUGUUGCUGACUGCUGCUGGCUGGGGGGCUCAAUCCAGUUUGUGGCUCUUGCCCGGGUGCUGCAUGGUGACAAACCGCGAUCCCUCGGUGAGGGCGACCACACCACGUCAGAAGGAGGAG